AAAGAAAAAAGAUGGCUCAUCGCAUGGCGUUUCCCUUGUUUAUUGUUUCGCACUUUUUAUUCGUUGGUUUCAUAUUGGCGCAGACUUUCUCGGCCGUCGCUUCGGAAGUUGAUCCAUUGAUCAGGCAAGUAACGGACGUUCACGACGAUGGAACCGAGCCGCAGCAGCUCCUGACCGCAGCAGAGCAUCACUUCUCGUUGUUCAAGGCUCGGUUCAAUAAAUCGUACGGGUCAAAGGCGGAGCACGAUUACCGGUUCAAGGUUUUCCGGUCUAAUCUAAGACGAGCGGCGCGUCAUCAGAAGCUCGACCCGUCCGCCACUCACGGUGUGACUCAGUUCUCCGAUUUGACUCCCGGCGAAUUCAGGAAAAGGUUUUUAGGGUUAAACAGGAGAUUGAGACUGCCUAAAGAUGCGAACCAGGCACCGAUUUUACCUACCGAUAAUUUGCCUGAGGAUUUCGAUUGGAGAGAAAAAGGAGCUGUUACGGCCGUUAAAAAUCAAGGUACCUGCGGAUCAUGUUGGUCUUUUAGUACAACAGGAGCCUUGGAAGGUGCUAAUUUUUUGGCAACUGGGAAACUCGUGAGCCUUAGUGAACAACAGCUCGUAGAUUGUGAUCAUGAGUGUGAUCCAGAGUUAGCAGGUUCAUGUGAUUCAGGGUGCAAUGGUGGUCUCAUGAAUACUGCUUUUGAGUAUACACUCAAAGCUGGUGGACUCAUGCGUGAGGAAGACAACCCUUACACUGCUACUGAUCGUGGGAGGUGCAAAUUUGACAAGUCCAAAAUUAUUGCUAAGGUGGCCAAUUUCAGUGUUGUUUCGCUUGAUGAGGAUCAAAUUGCUGCUAAUCUUGUGAAGAAUGGUCCUCUUGCAGUGGGUAUAAAUUCAGUGUUCAUGCAGACAUAUAUUGGGGGAGUUUCUUGCCCAUUCAUCUGCUCCAAACACCUUGAUCAUGGAGUAUUGCUGGUGGGGUAUGGUUCAGCAGGCUAUUCACCUAUCCACUUGAAGGAUAAACCAUAUUGGAUCAUUAAGAAUUCAUGGGGAGAAAACUGGGGUGAAAAUGGAUACUACAAAAUCUGCAGGGGUAGCAAUGUUUGUGGAGUUGAUUCAUUGGUAUCCACUGUUGUUGCCCUUAACACCAAGUCUCAGUAGUGCUCCCCCAUUGGCAUAUAUAAAUGUUUGCACAGGUAUUUGGGAAACUUGAUGUUUUACAUAACCUUUAAAUUUCUCAUAUUUGGCUUAUUGGGUGCUGGGUUUUAGUCAGAGAGAUUAUCUGUUUGUAUUUUAUGUGCCUAAUAGUAAUUUGCUCAUGUGUAAAUUAUUAAAAAAGAAUCUCAUGCUUCUGAAUUUGUGCUCAAACAA